UCUUGGUUAUUUAAUUGCUAUUAAAUGUGGUGCUAAAAUUAUUUUCGAAUCUGAUGAUGAUAAUUUACUUGAAACAAAUGAUAUUUAUUUUUUACCAAAAAUUGUUCAACAAAAACAUGUUCCAUGGAUAGGAUUUCAUCGACAACGAUCACCAUUUAUUAAUAUUUAUGGAUCAUUUGGUCAUCCAAAUAUAUGGCCAAGAGGAUUUCCUAUUGAUGAACUAAGAAAUGUUACUGAAGAUGGAUGGCAUUCAGUUAGACGAAAUCUUGAAAAUAAUACUUAUGCUUAUAUUCAACAAUAUCUUGCUGAUCUUGAUCCUGAUGUUGAUGCUAUUUAUCGUUUAUCUCAUCCACUUUCAAUUGGACGAAUUAAAUUUGAUCGAGAUCAACCACCUAUUGCUCUUGAACCAUUUACAUUUUCUCCAUAUAAUACACAAAAUACGAUAACAUAUUAUGAAGCAUUUUGGGGUCUUUAUUUACCUAUUACAACAACAUUUCGUGUAUGUGAUAUAUGGCGAAGUUUUUGGGUACAACGACUUCUGUGGGAUAUUGGUGGUCGUCUUAUAUUUGGCACAUCAACUGUUAAACAAGUAAGAAAUAGUCAUUCAUUUAUUAAAGAUAUGGAUGAUGAAUAUCAAUUAUAUCAUGAAUCUGGUUCAUUCGUUCGUUUCCUUGUUUCAUGGUCAUCAUCUUACAGUUUACUUUGGAAAAGAAUAGCUCAACUAGCAAGAGAUAUAGCUCAAGCAGGAUUUUGGAAAUCAAAAGAAGUUAAUAUAAUGGAUGCAUGGCUUGCUGAUCUCCAUUCAGUUGGUUAUUCAUUUCCAUCAAUUAUUUCACCAUCUUCACCUCUCAUAAUACAAAAACGAGCAGCUGUAUGUGUAACUGGUUUUGCUGAAUGUAUUCAAGAAGCUUGGGUUCCAACUUGGAGUACUAUUCGUAAUCAUCUUCAAGGUAACAUUGAUGCAUUUCUUUUUCUUUCAUCGUCUCAUAAAUUAGAAAAGAUUCCGUUUGAUGUCAAUUUGAAACAAAUACGUGCCUACUUGAAUUCGACAGUAACUAUACUUUAUGAAGAUCGAGUUAUUGAUCCACAUAUACCAUCGAAUUGUAAAACAUUCUAUUAUCCACCUAUGAGUAGAUCACAUGUUAUACCUUACUAUCAACAAUUGUGGGGACUUGCUGAAUGCUUCGAUUUAGUAAAAGAAUAUGAACAGAAAAUGAAUAUUCGUUAUGAAUUUUUAAUACGAGCUCGACCGGAUUCUGUUCUCAAUAGAGUUCCUCAAGCAUUAGAACCCGUAAAUAAUUCGACAUUAGUUAUUCCAAAUGAAAAUGGUUUUGGUGGUUAUAAUGAUCGAUUUGCCAUUGGUUCCAUGUCCAUAAUGGAAAAAUAUAUGAGACGAUGGCAUGAUCUUAGUCGUUGUUAUAUAGAAAACUUACAUGCUGAAUCAUUUCUGAAAUUACUUUUAAAUCGAUUUAAUAUUAAUGUUCAACUUAUGAAAACAUUAUCUUAUGAACAACAACCACACGGUGUUGGACGAUGUCACUAG